AUGAUGAAAUGGAUGAAGAAUGUGGUGCCGUUGAAAGCCAGGGAGUACGUGAAGGACUACUGCAAGAGAAACGGCCUGCUGACGCUCUCAGUCUUCGCUGUAGUGACGGGAUGUGUGCUCGGAUUUGUCCUCAGGUCGCUCAACCUGUCCACACAGGCUAAGAUCUACUUCUCCUUCCCUGGAGAACUGCUGAUGAGGAUGUUAAAGAUGUUGAUUCUGCCACUCAUCACUUCUAGUCUUAUGUCGGGCCUGUCAGCCAUGGACACGAGGGCUAGCGGUCGUCUGGGAGUCCUCACCAUCACCUACUACCUGUGGACGACCUUCAUCGCUGUCAUCGUGGGCAUCGUGCUGGUGCUCAUCAUCCACCCGGGGACGGGCUCAGAGAAGGACAGCCACCAUGCAAGUUCAGGGCCUGUUAUGACCUCAGCUGACGCCCUGCUGGACCUCAUCAGGAACAUGAUCCCGUCAAAUCUAAUCGAAGCAACUUUUCAGCAGUAUCGAACAGACCUGGUGCCUAUUGUACAGAACUCUGAUAUGAAAGACUCACAGGCUAAUUAUGUGUAUGUCAUGCCCGACUACUACAACCCUCAACUGGGUCACCCAGUUUUCCUGGAGAUCACCCCCGCUCCUGACAUCAAGUAUAAGAUCGUCCCGAGUACCAGCAAGGGCAUGAACGUCCUGGGGAUCGUCAUCUUCUCAGCCACCAUGGGUCUGCUGCUGGGAAAGAUGGGAGAACGUGGAGCACCGCUGGUCAACGUGUGUCAGUGCAUCAACGAGUGCGUCAUGAAGAUUAUUAACGCUGCUAUGUGGUACUUCCCCUUUGGCAUUGUGUUCCUCGUGGCAGGGAAGAUCCUGGAUAUGCACGACCCGGCCCACCUGGGAGAGAAGCUGGGCAUGUACUUCAUCACAGUCCUGUCUGGGUUGUUCGUGCACGGCCUCAUCCUGCUGCCUCUCUUCUUCUUCUUCUUCACUCGCAAAAACCCUUUUACAUACAUCAGGGGGCUGCUGCAGGCUCUGGUCAUUGCUCUGGCAACAUCAUCCAGCUCAGCCACGCUGCCCAUCACCAUGAAGUGUCUCCUGGAGAACUGCGGAGUGGACCGGCAGAUCGCCCGCUUCGUGCUACCAGUGGGAGCUACUAUCAACAUGGAUGGCACAGCCCUUUACGAAGCAGUGGCGGCCAUCUUUAUCGCUCAGGUCAACGAGUACGACUUGGACUUUGGCCAGCUGGUUACAAUUAGUAUCACGGCAACCGCAGCCAGCAUCGGGGCAGCUGGGAUUCCUCAAGCUGGUCUUGUUACCAUGGUGAUCGUCCUGACCUCUGUGGGGUUACCACCUGCUGACAUCUCUCUGAUUGUGGCCAUUGAUUGGGUUCUUGACCGUUUCCGGACGAUGAUCAAUGUUCUUGGCGAUGCCUUAGCUGCUGGGAUUAUGGCACAUUUAUGUAGGAAGGACUUUGAGAAAGCCGCCUCUGACACUAACGGUGCUGCCACCCCGACUUCCACUAACGGAGCCAGCUCCAAUCGGAGAGACACCGUAAUCUCCUUCGGUAAUCAGAGCGUGGCGUUGUCCGAUGCUCCUCUGAUCACACACCGCUGCGAUUAUGUGUUUGAGGUGGAUGGAGAAAACGUGACGGAGCGACCUAUGGCCUGCUACAACCUCUGCCACGUCUGAGACACCUUUACAGGAUGGACAGCAAGGGAUACUGCCUUCAACAGCACAUUGAACACCUCUCAGGGUCAAAGGGACCGUCAUCUGAGGCCUGAAAUACUCCAGUUUGGUUAAAAUCCUGUUAAGUUUCCCUUUUAAAUGAGACGUUUGAGUAUUUUGUGGUGUCAGGGUUUAGCGGCUUCAAUGGAUUUUGCCUGUGCCAUGCCGAAAACCUUCAUUACUUGACAUACUGUGUGUAUUAAGUUUCACAUGUAAUCUAAAUCUUAAUCAGACACUCUGAAUGCACCUGCAGACAUGUGUUGCAAUGACAUGCACUAGAUAGCAUUUAGCAGUCAGCUGUGACACUUAGACAUUCACAGGAGGACUGCACUGAUGAAGUUUGAUCAAGGUUUUGAGUUGCCUUAACAUGACCUCAGUUUUGACGAUACUUCUGAGAACUUGAAAGAAACGGACAAAAACUGACUUGACAUACAACAAUAUAUUUUGUUAAAGUGGACCUUUAUGUUAGUUAGGGUCUUUAUGGAUAGAUGGUAAUGCAACUUUAAUCAAAAAUAUUUACAGUACCCUAGUAAGAAAAUUUCA